AUGCGUGCUUUUAUCAUUCUUUGUUGUUUGGCCUCCGCCUAUGCCGCUAGCUUUGGAUAUGACUAUGAUAGACAAGGUAGCGCUUCCUUUGGUUCUGUUGUGAAUGGUGGUUUCAUUGGUAAUGGCGCGUUCGUUGAUAAUGGCUUUGGAAACAGCGGUUUCGUAGGCAAUGGUUUCGGAAAUACUGGUUUUGCGGGCAACACUUUAGAUGGUAACGGUUUCAGUGGAUUGGUCGCUCCUGCUGAACUCACAAAAGAAUUCUACACCUUCACCGCUCCAGAAGAUUCCUUCAAUGAUAACUCAAGCGCCGAUCAGGUGGGUAACUCAUUGAAACGUGGCAUUCGUGUCAUUUUCAUUAAGGGUCCGGAAAAUAACGGACUUAAUGACGCUGCCCUUCAAUUGGCCAAAUCUGUCAACGAACAAAGAACCGCCAUUUAUGUGCUCAGCAAACAGGCUGAUAUCGGUAAUUUGGCCAACAAAUUGAAUAACUUGAAUCACAGCAGUGGCAGUCGUCCCGAAGUACAUUUCGUUAAAUACCGCACCCCAGCUGAUGCUGAAAAUGCCCAACGUGUCAUUCAGUCACAAUAUGAUGCCUUGGGUGGUAGGACUAAUAACUUUAAUGGUGGAGUUGCUCCAGUUCUGAACUUCGCCUCCAGUGUACCACAAUAUCAGGUUGCUGAGCCAUCAACUACUUAUUUGCCACCUCACAAACGUGUUUAG